UGACGAAACAUCUCCGCGACGACUAAUAUCGAUGACGCAAUUUGGAGUGCGCCUACUAUAGUGGACGAGAGAAUCCGGGGGAGAAAAAACAUCCCUUUCGUUCGCGCUGUUAUGGCGGCUUCGAGUUCGGCAGGGAAGCAGCGGCGGCCGGUGGGGCAAGAGGAGCUGCGACGACUGAUGCGAGCGAAGCAGCGCGAGACGGCGGCCGGGAAGAAGAAGAAAGUCGACUCUCCCUACGCCAGAUAUAAUAGUCUGGGAAAUUUAAGUUGCGCUCUCUGCAAUGUCCCUGUGAAGAGUGAACUGUUGUGGCAAACGCAUGUUCUUGGGAAACAGCACAAGGAGAAACUCGAGCAGUUAAGAGGUCUUAAACAAUCAGUGCCAGGCACCAUUCCUGACACCUCAUCUUCUCUAAAGAGGAAAACUGCAAAUACAGAGUCUCCAGAACUGAAGAAAGUGAAAGAUUCACAUGACCGACCACAAACUUUCUCUUCUGGGUUGCCAACAGAUUCAUUUGGCAAAAUUGAACAAACAGAAAAGCUCUCUUCAAAAGCUUCAGGCUGUAGCUUAUUGCUAGGAGACUAUGAGGAGGAGGAGGAGGCUGCAGAAGAGAUGGCAAAAGAACUCAAGGACAAUGAGAGCCAACCUCCUUUGCCACUCACAGCGCAGCAUUCAGCAACAUCAGCCCACCCUCAAAAACCAGACGCUGCUGCUUUAUCAUCGGACUACUCAGACAGCAAAGCUUUAGCUGCACCUCUAGUUUCCCAUUCUGGCUCUAUACAGAAAGCAGAAGCACAGGAAAAAGUUGUGGAAAGAAAAGAAAACACUGCAGAAGCCUUGCCAGAGGGAUUUUUUGAUGAUCCUGAAGUGGAUGCAAAGGUGCGAAAGGUUGAUGCUCCGAAGGAUCAGAUGGAUAAAGAAUGGGAUGAAUUCCAGAAGGCCAUGCGACAAGUCAACACGAUUUCAGAAGCUAUAGUGGCUGAAGAAGAUGAGGAAGGGCGACUUGACCGUCAGAUUGGAGAAAUAGAUGAGCAGAUUGAAUGUUUCCGCCGCGUUGAAGAGCUGCACGACCGCCAGGAAAUAAUGAAAGAUAAACUGAAGGAAGCCAUGAGACUCAGAGCUGCAGAGGUUGAGGAUGACAAUAUUGGCAGCGAUGAUGAAGGAGGGUUGCAGGAGCUGCUCUGUCAGGAUUGGAGGGCAAAAGGAACUCUGUUGUAACUAAUCUCUGGAGCAGUGGCGUUUUUGUCUUCUAUCAUGUCCCACCCUCAUGUUAAUAUAUUUAUUUAAAGAAA